CCGUAAAGCUUGGAAGAGGCGCGCAGCUGAUGCUCUCCAGUGGCAGCCUUGCUGCUCACUCUCUCCCUCCACAAUUAAACCGGGGCCGUGUGAGGAUUUAUGGGAUUAGAUUCCCAUUGCAGAGAGACAGUUGCUUGGGGCCGGGGGAGAAAAGCAAGAGAGCAUAGCCACGGCCUCUUUCCUUCCUUCCUGUAUUACUUUGGACCUUCUGAAAGCAAAGGUGCCACUUCGAUAAACAAGCCACUUCUUUUUGGAAGGACGCCCGGAGCGCCCCUUCUGCCUGCCCCACAACCUUGGCCGCACCAUGGGCAUCCUGGACCGCUUGAGGAAGGACUGGUUCAUCCUGGGCAUCGUCCUGGUCAUCACCGUGGCCAAGCUGGAGCCGGCCUUUGGGGUGAAGGCGGGACCACUGAAACCAGAAAUCACCAUCACAUAUAUAGCUGUGUCAGCAAUAUUCUUUAACAGUGGGCUCUCUCUGAAAACUGAGGAGCUGACAAGUGCUUUGAUGCAUGUGAAAUUGCAUCUUUUUGUCCAGAUCUUCACACUCGCAUUCUUCCCAACAGCAAUAUGGCUAUUUCUUCAGCUGUUAUCUAUCACACCUAUAAAUGAAUGGCUUUUAAAAGGUUUGCAGACCGUAGGCUGUAUGCCACCUCCUGUAUCUUCAGCCGUGAUUUUAACCAAAGCUGUUGGUGGGAAUGAGGCAGCUGCUAUAUUUAACUCUGCAUUUGGAAGUUUUUUGGGCAUUGUCAUAACUCCGUUGCUUCUGUUGCUUUUUCUUGGAUCCUCAUCAUCUGUGCCUUUUUCAUCAAUAUUCUCCCAGCUGUUCAUGACUGUUGUUGUUCCACUCAUAAUUGGACAGAUUGUCCGAAGAUACAUCAAGGAAUGGCUUGAGAGAAAGAAGCCUCCAUUUGGUGCUAUCAGCAGCUGCGUGCUCCUCAUGAUCAUCUAUACAACUUUCUGCGAUACAUUCUCCAAUCCAAAUAUUGACCUUGAUAAAUUUAGCCUGAUUAUAAUAGUUUUCAUAAUAUUUUCGAUUCAGCUGGGAUUCAUGCUGUUAACGUUCUUCUUUUCUACAAGGAAGAAUUCCGGUUUUACACCAGCAGACACAGUGGCUAUUAUUUUCUGUUCUACACAUAAAUCUCUAACAUUGGGAAUACCAAUGCUGAAGAUCGUCUUUGAAGGCUAUGAACACCUAUCCUUAAUUUCUGUCCCUUUACUCAUCUAUCACCCGGCUCAGAUCCUCCUAGGCAGCGUCUUAGUGCCGACAAUAAAAUCCUGGAUGAUUUCUAGACAAAAGGCACUGAAAUUAACAAAGCAACCCAAGGCGCCCGUGAAGGUAUAACAAUAGAAGAGGUCCAGUGAAUGUAUAUAUGUACUAUUUUGUACAUACACACAGAGACAAUUUGGAAGAUGGGCAUAUACGAAUGUCACUUCAGCACUUAACAUUAUUUUUAUAAACACAAAUAUAUUUAAAAUAUCUAUGAAAGUGCCUUAAAAUAUAUUUGACAAAAACAUGGAUUCCAAAAUCAGAUGGCUGGUUACAAUAAGAGGUUGCACACAACUGGGUGUGUGUGUGUGUGAGAGAGAGAGAAAAACUAUUUUGAUCUUUCUUCCUAACUGAGUAGUGAAAGACGUAUUUGACAAAAAGUCUUUCCAAAAUCAGAUAGCUGGUUACAAUAAGAGGUUGCACACAACUGGGUUUGUGUGAGAGAUACUAUUUUGAUUUUUCUUCCUGACUGUGUAGUGAAAGACUGGAGCUUCUGUCACCACCUCAGAGACAUUGAGUGCAAUUCCACCAAGUGUUUUUCUUGCAUCCGCCCCAUGGAACCAAGCAAAGACUGGACAGGGGUUGUGCUUUGUGCCGGAGCGUGCAAACCAUUCACACACACGUGUGUUGGUCCCAGACCAAACAAACCGAGGACUAUUCUCUUCCGAUUUGUUACAGGAAAGCAGUUCCUGAAGUUCCAGUCAAGACUAGCUUGAAUUUCUGUGUGAUUCCAUAACCCUCCCAACCCGUAUGAUUGUGACAUGCCUUUUUCUUCUGAGUUUGUGUACACUCAGCAUGGGGCCAUCCUUUGGAAAGGAAUUGAAAAGCAUAAAUUAUUUGCAUUUGUUGACACAGUUGUCUAGACAUUCCUUCAAAGCUAACUGUUUCUUAAGACAAUUCUCUCAGCUCCAUUUUUAUGAUAUUGUGGCAUUGUACGUCUUAAAUGCGCCAUAGGUUCAAAGAGACGGAUGCUUAAGGUAGUGCUUAGGGCAGUAAGGAGAAAUCUGUGAUCUGAAAGCACUGCUAUAGGGGUAUUUUAAAUAUAUAUUAUUAUCAUUGUUACCUUAAAUCUGAGUAAAACGUUAUCCCCCUUUUCCCAAAGUGCAGUAUUCCGUGCUCUCUAGCGAAAGAAGACUAUUUGUUAUUGCCAUUAGAAGAACCAUUUCCAGAAUUUAAAAACCCUGUUGUUCAUCGCCCAAACAAAAGCUAGAGAGGGUGGAUAAUAUUGACAUUUUUGUGACUAGUACAAAUAUCUAUAUUCUAAAGCGAAGCACAUUUGUGAAGGACAAAUGUUUCUGGUUAAUUUAACAAUCAGGUAUAUCUUGUGGGGAAAUUUUUGAAAAGGGAUUGAUUUUCUUUACAUGUUUAUAAGAGGGAUGAAGAAAUGACUAGUGUCAUAAUGAAUUUAGAGGAGGAAAACAGGGCAAAGGGAUUGCAUUUACUACUUCAGUAAUCAGUAUGCCUUAUUUUUAAGAAGUUGCUAUUAAGCUAAACAAGAAGGCAAGAAGCAAAUGGACAGAUACGACCUCAGCAGUAUGAUGUCAGUCACCAAUUCUUUGUGCAUUUGGGAGCUGAGGCCAAGAUGUUGUAUGUCAAAUCGCACAUGCAACAGACAAUAAUAAUGUAGCGGGCAGACACUUUCACUGCUCCAACAUCAAUAUAUCCACAAUCUGGUGCAAGCAGAAGAGCCUUACUGUACCACAAUGGCAUCUCCCCUACCUGCUGCAUGCCUAUGACCCAGAUUUCACCAGAGGAGAAAGUAGUGGCAAUGUGGUAUACUGUAUACCUCCUAAUCCAAGGGCAGCUGUCUAUAGAGUAGGCAUAGACAAACUUUGGCCCUCCAGGAGUUUUGGACUGAAGUCCAAAACACCUGGAGGGCCAAAGUUUGCCCAUGCCUGCUAUAGAGUCUGUUACUUUUUCAAUGCCUAGGCACUGGCAAUUUUUAAGCUCCCCCUGUAAUAGUGCCUUGACUUCAAGGAUCCCGCUGAAGGAAUAUCCAGUUCUACAUAGAUCUAAUUUCCCACAGGAGUCUUAACCACACCACCAAGAUUUUUUGAACUGCCAGGAAUGAACAGGAUCUUGGUCUCAGAAUUCCACCCCAUCCAGAAGGUGCUCCGUGGCCAAUUCCAUUGAGGUGUGUGGGGAGGCUUGCUUUAACAAGAGCGCAUGUGUGCACUUGACUGUACGUGGAGUUCGGGGAAUAACAGCAUUGAUUUUAACAUGGUCACCUCUGUCCAUUUCAGCGGAAAGAAAGAACAUGUUCUUGGGGACUGGCAUUCAGCUUUAAUGUUGAUUCUUAACUGUACACACAAGUUGAAAGGCGUUCCGCUCCCCCUUCCCUCGCAGUUUAAUCAUGCUUUAUUGGGAUUAGCUGUCCUGUUCAGAUAAUUUUAUUUGGUGCCAAGCUGAGGUGCCUUAUGUUAGCAACAAAUUGGUAUCAAAUGGUCUCGUACUGAUGUCAAAAUGAUAGACCGCUUUUGUAAAGUAAAGAGAUUAGCCCUGAAUGAUCAUGGUACACAAUCUGGUAACAUGGUAAGCACCCAUUAACAGGAAUUAAGGUCAGUGAAGUUUAACAUGCAACAAAAAGCCUAGUACAUUCCUCCAAUUAGGUUGCCUCAAUCAUGUAUAGGUGCAAAUAGCCCAUAAUUGUAGAACAGUUUUGUCACAUAAGGGUUUUUUGUUUUGUUUUUUAAACAACAAUAGUAAAGUGCAUAAAGAUGCAGCCCAAACAAUCCACAACGAGGAUCGUCUGUUUAAGUGGAUAAAUAUGUUUUUGCAUGUAAAUAACAAAUUCAUUUGAUUUACUCUUGGUAGCUCAUUAUAUAACACUUGACUCAUUGAUUUAAAAAUAUGGGCAGGCAGAAAGAAAGAAACAGCUUAUGUUUCUGUUUUAUUUACAUGUAUCCUUUUCUGAGCCUCUAAAAUACACUUAAUUAAUGACGAAAUCUUCUGGACAUACGUAAGUAGAGGGGAAAAUAUCAAACCUAAGAGGUUCAUGAUUGGAAAUUUGCAAACAGAUUGUAACAUAUGGUGAAUUUAUCUUGUGGCAAGUUCUGAGGAAGGGAUUUGUGGAAAGUGAAAAUCUGAUCAACCUUUCUUAGCUGUUACACAUGAGACAUUCCUGGUCAAUGGGUCCCUAUUGCUGCUAAGCAUCUAUCCAUUUUUUCUGUUCUGUCAUUUGAGUCAAGGCUGCUCUUCAACAGUCACUACACUGCUACAGUUCCAACAGAUCUACCUCGAAUUACUUCAAUGCCAUCAGCUCAUUAUUCUAAAUUAUGAAUAUUUGUUUCAAUCAUUUCAUUGAUAUUUUAUUGUAUUUAAGACUGAUCUGGGAAGUAACACUGGGCUAUCAUGGCUUCUGGAUCGUGAAAGCCUGAAAAGUGUUUCAUUUCUGUCGCUUUUUGUUUAAAUGAAUGUUGGAUUAAUUGUUCUGAAUGAUGGGGGAAUGGGGUAAAAUGAAACAGAAGGACAUUUUCUUCGAUUCAUACUUAGUAAAACUUAAUUGUUCAUAUCCAAAAUGUUACAUGUCAUGUUUAAACACUGUUAAGUUGUUUAUUUCAUGCCUUCAACUAUAAAAGGAACUCACUGGGUGUUAGUUACAAAAGAGAUAAUAGGCUAAUUUAUGCUGCAAUUUAUUUUUGUAACAUGGAUCUUUCCUCCUCUUUUUUGGGGUAAAGUUUUCUUUUGGGUUUUUUAAAAGCUUAUAUAAACGUUUUUAAAAAAUAAAAACAACUGAUUGAAAGCCA